AUUGAAGCGUAUGUGAUUCGGUCGGCAUAUGGUUCUGGUACAUAAUGCUCGUUGUCCUUUCUUAGGCACUUCCUUAUUUUUGCGCUAGAAGAGUUCUUAUCUUGCGAGGUUAGGUACCGCUUGUCAAGUACACGUAUGCAGUGUUUCUAAAGUUUUGGUGAUUUCUGUGUAAUUAGGCCUGAGAUGACGUGAAAGCCUGUACGUAUCCCAAGAGUCAUCAUGUUGCCGCUCACACAGAAGGACACGCGUCUGUCGCGCGGGCCUUUCGGACGCCUUAGCGAGAAAUUACAAAACUGGAUGAGACUAAUUUAUUCCGAUAGGAAUUCAAGGAAUCUGUUCCUUUUCCUUCUACUUAAUUUGUCCUUCGCAUUUGUUGAGUUGUUCUAUGGAGUAUGGACAAACAGUUUAGGUCUAAUUUCGGAUGCAUUCCAUAUGUUCUUCGAUUGCACAGGCCUGGUGGCAGGUCUGGCUGCGUCACUAGUAUCCAAAUGGCGUGCGAACGAGAGAUAUUCUUAUGGCUAUGCACGAGCUGAAGUGCUAGCUGGUUUUGUGAAUGGACUCUUUUUACUAUUUAUUGCAUUUUUCAUCAUGAGUGAAGCUGUGGAAAGAGCUAUUGAGCCACCUGAGGUAAAACACGAGCGACUACUACUCGUGUCGAUUCUCGGGUUCUUAGUGAACCUAGUGGGUAUCUACGCAUUCCAUCACGGCCACGCGCACGGCCACGGUGGCCACGGUCACUCCCACGGCGGCCACGGCCACUCGCACAACCACCACGGGCAUUCGCACGAUGACAUCGAAGCCCCGACUGGAGAAGGAUCCGCCAUCAUGCGCGGAGUCUUCCUCCACGUCCUGGCCGAUACAUUAGGAUCUGUAGGGGUUAUUAUAUCAGCGAUACUUAUGAGAAUGUUCGGAUGGAUGCGAGCAGACCCGAUUUGCUCGAUGGCAAUAGCUCUACUUAUAGCGGGAAGUGUUCUGCCUUUAGUGCGUGAUUCGGCUGGUGUGUUAAUGCAACGGACUCCUUCCGCGAUCGAAAGAAUGCUGCCCAACUUAUAUACUAGAGUUGUAGGUCUAGCCGGCGUCCACGCGGUGCAAGAGCCGCAUUUCUGGACGUUAUGCAGCAACGUACACGUAGGUGCCAUUAAAUUAGAAGUUGCGAAAGAAGUUGAUCCACGAUAUGUUACAGAACAAGCUGGUAGGAUCUUCAGAGAAGCCGGAGUAAAACACUUAACAGUACAGUUGGACUACUCGCCUCUCUGAUCUUCGUAGAAUCACAAAUGUACAGUUUAUUUCCACAUAGUGGAGAAAAUUUUAUUGUAUAUAAGCAAUGUAAUGUAUUUAAUUAAAUUUUGUUUGUAUACUACGUGCGAUUAUCGCUGCUAACAGAUUGACUGCAGCCAAGAUCACGACUGUGUAAAGUUGAUAACAACUUCACGCAUUAACUGCAUGCAGUCGAUCUCGGUUGCAUGAAGUUGGUUUCGACUCCAUGCAGUUAAUGCAUGAAGUAAUUAUCCG